GGUGGUGGUGGUGGUGGUGGUGGUGGUGGUGGUGGUGGUGGUGGUGGUGGUGGUGGUGGUGGUGGAGGAGAAGUGACUAGAAGAAGUUCGGAAGUGCUGGAAGUUGUUGCUGGUUACCAGACCAAAGCCACGGUCAAAAUGGAGCGUAGUCGCGAAAUCGAUAUGGCCUUGGCACGGUCCCCUGAAGAUGCUCUGCGGUGUGGAUCAGGCGUUAGCCUGGAAGUCAAAAAGCAGCUUUACCCAGAACUUGUGGUGGCGCCACAAUGA